AGGCAGAGGGUGCAGGGUUAGUGCAGUGCAUCCAGUGACAGUGUGCAGGCAGAGGGUGCAGGGUUAGUGCAGUGCAUCCAGUGACAGUGUGCAGGCAGAGGGUGCAGGGUUAGUGCAGUGCAUCCAGUGACAGUGUGCAGGCAGAGGGUGCAGGGUUAGUGCAGUGCAUACAGUGAGUGCAGGGUUAGUGCAGUGCAGUGGCAGUGCAGUGGCAGGGUUAGUUAGUGAGAGCAGAGGGUGCAAGUGACAUACUGCAUGCACAUGAAUACAGUGCAUGCAGUGACAGGGAGCAUUGCAGGGAUACAGUAAAUUCAGUGACAGGGAGCAUUGCAGGGAUACAGUGCAUGCAGUGACAGGGAGCAUUGCAGGGAUACAGUAAAUGCAGUGACAGGGAGCAUUGCAGGGAUACAGGGCAUGCAGUGACAGUGAGCAUUUGCAGGGGUACAGUGCAUGCAGUGACAAGGAGCAUUGCAGGGGUACAGUGCAUGUAGUGACAGCAUUGCAGGGAUGCAGUGACAGGAAACAUUGCAGGGAUACAGUGCAUGCAGUGACAGUGAGCAUUGCAGGGAUACAGUGGCAGGGUGCAGGUCUGGUGCAUGCUGGAUAGUGCCCUGCAUUCACUGACUGGCUGCUACAUUGACCCUGUAGAUGCAGGGAUAGAGCAGUACGGAGCAUCGCGGUGACAGAGAGAGGUAAGACUGCACUGCCACUAUUUACACUGUCAUCAUGUCCCCAUUGCCACCAUUCAUACUGCCACCUUGUACACUGUCCCCAUUGCCACCAUUCAUACUGCCACCUUGUACACUGUCCCCAUUGCCACCAUUCAUACUGCCACCUUGUACACUGUCCCCAUUGCCACCAUUCAUACUGCCACUAUUUACACUGUCCCCAUUGCCACCAUUCAUACUGCCACUAUUUACACUGUCCCCAUUGCCACCAUUCAUACUGCCACCAUUGCCACUAUUUACACUGUCACCAUUUACACUGCCACCUUGCACAGUCCUUACUGUGACUAUUUACACUGUCAUCAUGUUCCCAUUGCCACCAUUCAUACUGCCAUAAUGUACACUGUCCCCACUGCCACCAUUCAUACUGUCAUCUAGUACCAUCCACACUGCCACCUUGUUCACUGUCACCAUUCUCACUAUAUCCAGUCUUAGCCAUCCUCUGUAUGGAGCCUGCAUUAUACCCACAUCUUCAGCCAAACAUACCCUCUGUCCGCAUCUCUUCAAGUCCAACCCAACUUGCCCUCUGACAGCUUCUACCUAGCAUGCCAUCUAUGUCUACUGCCCCCUGUCAGCAUCUGUAAUCCUAAAUACCAUCUGCAGCCCUGCAAAUCAGCAUGCAUGUUCUGCCCUCUGUCAGCAUAUCCAGCCCUGCAAAUCAGCUGCAUGUUUUGCCCUCUGUAAGCAUAUCCAGGCAUACAUGCCCUGUUUCUUAUACCCUCUGCAUAUCCUGCACUCUACAUUCAAUGCAAUAAUUCCAAUCCUCAGCAUUUCAUGUCCCCUGUCUCUUUUACUCUCUGUGCUGUUCUUACCUCUGUAUCUGCUACCCCCUGCAUACUCUGCUCUGCUACUGCUUUCUGCAUGCCCUGCUCUAGAUACCUCCUACCCUCUGCAUGCCCUGCUCUAGUUAUCUCCUACCCUCUGCAUGCCCUGCUCUAGAUAUUUCCUACCCUCUGCAUGCCCUGCUCUAGAUAUCUCCUACCCUCUGCACGCCCUGCUCUAGAUAUCUCCUACCCUCUGCAUGCCCUGCUCUAGAUCUCUUCUGCAUACUCUGCCCUCUGUCACAUCUACAGCCUAUACACGCUCACUGUAUCUUCUACACUAUCAUCAAUACAACCCAAAUCCCCAUCCAUAUGCCUGUAUCUCAAACCCUAGACACCCUCUGCAUCCCCUGGCAUGUGUCUGAAUUCUCAUUCUCCUGCUUACCUUUUUUUUUAUUUUUAUAUCUACUCUUACCAAUAUCUCCUAUUUAUGCACAAUGCAUUUGCUGUUCUAUCUGCAUCUCCAAUCCUAAUUACCAUCUGCAUCUCCUAUUCUCUACUGCAUCUCUGCCUGCAUUUGCCACUUUACAUACCUUCUAUCCUAUAUUCUAGUUUACAUGCUGCUUGCACUCUGCCAUAUGAAUCUGCAACUCUAAAUACUAUUUAUGCAUAUUCCAUUCUACUACUAUUUCCUUCCAACUCUGCUGUCUGCAUAUACAUGUUCCCUGCAUCUCUAAUCCUAUAUAACGUCUGAAUCUUGUUCCUACUCCAUAUGCUGUCUGCAUUUUACACCCCAUAUGCUGUCUGCAUUGCCUCCACCCCCAUGCUGUCUGUGUCUCUGCACAGAAAUCGAUACUCACAAUUUUCCAAAAGAGUGCCCUGCAUCUCAGUUUCCUUGUACAAUUAAUAUACUGCCACAGUCCAAUUCUUCAGCCCUGCAUAUAGUCUGCUUUGCUUUUUGCUAUGUAUCACUUGUGUGGUCUGAUAGGUAAUGCUUGCCUUUUUUUCAGUAAAUCAAUUAUUGGGUUAGUUCUAGACUGCAGAAUUUCAUGAAUUUUGUAAAUAUAUAUGUUUUUUUUUUUUUUUAAAAACAUGCUUCUGUGUGGUUUUUACACAAUCAGACUGAUUUGAAUUUAAAUUUUUAUUUUUAUUAUUAUUAUUAAGAAGUGGGAUUGUGCUGCUAACAGAAAUAAAAAGAUUGGAAAAUUUGGACACGAUUGUGGAUGAUAGAAUGCUGGAGUGAUUGUGUGUGUUCUGUUGCCUGUGCUUUCAUAGUAAUGCAUACAGGUUCAGUGGUAUCAGGCAGUGGUAGUGAGUGCAGUAAUAAGAGGCAAUGUGGGAGUUGCUAAUGAUUGGUGCAGAGCUUUCCCAGCACUGCAGACACAUCUAUACAUCCUCUGCCUGCAGCGCCUAGCAAAGACUCCCCUAAACUCCAUGGAUCACUGGCAUUUGCAGCUGCUGUUUUUUGUUAUUCAUUUCUAGUGCCACCCAGACACAAGAUCUCUCAAGUCCAUUCUCAUCUACUAUGUAUUCUUGACUGGUGUCUCAUAGUUUGUUUUUUUUUCUUCUUCAGGUAGGAGUUGGCUUUUUCUUUGGAUAAUUGUAUUCUCCAAGUAAUUAUUAGUUGGGAAAAUGCCCGGCGUGGUGAGUAAGAACACAGAUCUGGAGUUUGACUCCUUGCAGCCUUGCUUCUACCCAGACGAGGAUGAUUUUUAUUUGUGUGGCCCGGAUUCUGCUCCCCCAGGAGAGGACAUAUGGAAGAAGUUUGAACUGCUGCCCACUCCUCCCCUUUCACCCAGCCGAGCAGGGUUGCAGAGUGACCCACUGUCUCCUGGGCAGUGGCCCUUGCUGGAUUAUGGCUUGCCUGCUGAUGGAGAUUCUUUGGACUGGGCUUCAGAGCUUCUGCUGUUGCCACCUGAGACUGAUCUGUUGGGGGGAGCUGGCUGGGGAUUACUACAGGGCACAGAGCUUGGCUUGUCUCCUUGCAACCUCAAGUCUAUCAUCAUUCAGGACUGUAUGUGGAGUGGAUUCUCCGCCAGAGAGAAGCUAGAGAGGGCAGUGAAUGAGAAGCUGGGAAAAAGUGCUGGUGCCACAGAACCUACCAACCCAAACCAGGCUGUCACCUCUGCCACCAGCAACAUAUCAGAACGAGGAGAUGAUUUGACCAACCCUGCCACACACUGUGUGAACCCAGCUGUGGUUUUUCCUUUUCCAGUCAUUAAGGGGGAGAAUGGUAGAGUUGUGCAUGCUGGAUCUUCGAGCAUAUCCACAACCGUGCCUGCUGUUGUGCCAGCAAGGAGCUGCCCUCAGUCCUGCAGAACCAGCUGUAGUUCUGGCUAUGACAGCCGCAGCGAUUCAGGUAAAUAGUCUCCUCUCUUUCUAUUCUUUUUACAGAUCACCUACCAUUUACAUGCUGAAUUUGUUCAACUAUUUGUUUUCAAAAGAAAAGUGUGUGUGUGUGUGUGUGUGUGUAUAUAUAUAUAUUUACACAUUGUGCGUCCAACUCGUCUGGUUACAAUUACGUAUCUGUUAGUCCACCCAUUGUACAGCGCUGCGGAAUUUGUUGGCGCUUUAUAAAUAAUAAAUAUAUAGAGUGUGUGUAAGUAACCUAUAUUACUAUGCAACUAUCUAACACAAUACACAUUUAGAAUCUAUGAGAACUCUUCUGAAACACAAAAUAUUCACUGUCUAUAGAUAAGUGUUUUGCUAUUUGGAUGAGUGUAAGUCUCUUGAACACAUAGCAAAACUAAGAUCUGUUGUGGUGAAACCAAGUUUAGGUGUAGGUGAUAACUGUUUCCAAGCCAUAGGUAGUAUGUUCUGAUUAUUGUUGUGUUAUGAUGAGUGUUACCUGUAGAGAAUAAAUCUGGAGCAAAGUUCUAAACAGUGGAGCAAGCAGAAGGAACAUUCUGUUUGUUUACAAGGUGACUGUUCCACUCAGACAGAGUUCUACACUAAACUUUAAUGGUGUCUAAUUAAAAUCCACAUCGCAAAAUGUAGGCUAAAAUUUCUGUAAAUUCUCAAUCACAGCUUUCGAUAUUUUAGCCUAAAUUACGCUGUUCAUAUUUUAACUUGCUCCUGUUUUAGUAUUCGUGAAUAAACCCUGUUAGAAUGUUGCUUAAAGCUGUUGUUUACCACCUUCCCAUUUCUGUCAACAAGCUGUCUGUUGAAAGUUUUGGCAUGAAUCAUCUGGUAAAAGUAUUUUUGGUUACCAUAAAUUUUAACAUACACGAUUUCAUUAUGGGCCUUUGAUAGUUUUGUAGAGGUAUCACAAUUUUUCUGUCUGCAGCACUUUUAAUGUGAAAGUUGUGGGGUUUUCUUUGUUUUUGUUCUGGAUGUGAGUGUUCUUGGAUGUUCACAAGACUACUAACAAUGGCAGAUUACCUACCAUUUUGGCAAUGUAUUUUUUGGCCAUUUGUAUUUUUUUUUUUUUUUUUUUAAAGCUUGAGUCAAGGUUGUACUUUGUCAUUUGCUCAUUUGCAUUGGAUGUAUCUGACAAGUAACAUGAUUUUAGAAGCUGCAGACACAAUAGUCUCAGAUCUCAAAAUCCUUUUCUAGUGUGAAUGCCUUUUAAAAACUAAAUGUAUGUAUGGUUUGCUGUAUUAAUCUAUGGAGCCAGAAGGUGGCAGUAUUCUUGGGUUUGAAAGGGUUUAUUGAAUUACAGAGGCCUUUUUAAGCAGUUGAAGCAGCAGACGGGGUUACUGUAUAUCUAAAGGUAAUCCUAUCAUGUUAGUUACUAGUAACAGAUGCUUGGCAACUUAAAGAGAGGGUUCUCAGGCAGAAUUACAACACCAUUUCCACCCUGUCCUUAAGUCGGAGAGCCACCCAUUUAUGUAUGUGACAUGCUUAUUAGAUGUUAGGGCACUCAAUGUAUUUUAUGUAUUCAGAGUGAGGUUCUGCAUGGUUCAGAGUGUUUAACUCUCCCUCUUCUGGUGUAGCUUGCAUUGUAUUGUAUGCUCUAACAGCAAUGUCACAGUUAACAAGAGAAUUGGCACAAUGUGGAAAAUCAAUUCAGGGAUGUUUGCUGGCUUCAAGAGUCUAGAAAAGUGGAUUGUUAAACAAUUGAGCUUAUUUGUGCACACGGGGGCCAUCAUCAUAAACUGCCUCCAGUCCCUUUCAUGUUUGCGCCUUGACAGUUUUGAGUGAGGAAGUGCUUCCUCCAAACAGCUGUCUUUUUGGCAGUAAACCAAAUCUCUGGCUUAAAGGGGCCCAGAGAUCUGAGCAGGCACACAUUCUGCCUAGGAACAAAUCCAGCGAUUGUCUGGACUUCCAGUCACACUGGCAGACGAUUUGUAGAGUUAUCGUAUUUUUCCAAGUACUGUAAAUCUACAGUUUUGUGCUUUUUCAUGAAGCCUGUGGCUAACUGUACAAUUUCUGUCACUAUAUUUAAUGUAAUCCAUUUAGUGAGGUCAUGACUCAUGCAUUAUACCUAUACCAUAAUGUAAUUUUUUAUUUUUUUGCACGUUACACCGUUUAUCCAAAAAAUAUCCAUAAAUAUCAAAAAGCUGUAAUUUUUUUUCCACACUUUGUAAUGUUUCAGUUGUUUAAAUGUGUAUAGUUCGCCACCUGAUAAUUAACCUUGAUGAUUUCGUUGUCUAUUUUUAGAUGAUGAUGAAGAGGAGGAGGAGGAGGAGGAAGAGGAAGAAGAAGAAGAUGAAGACGAGGAAGAAGAAGAAAUUGAUGUUGUAACGGUAGAGAAAAGGCGGACUUCCUCCAAUAAGUCGAUGACAUCACUCACGAUUACUGUACGAGCGAAGAACGCCAACCCUGCUACAGCAAAGACCACACAAGGGGAAGUGAUCCUCAAGAGAUGUGCCCCAGUUCAUCAACAACACAAUUACGCUGCUCCUUCGCCAUACGUAGAACCCGAGGAGGUAGCCCCGCCUCAAAAGAAGCCGAAAAAUGAGGUGACUCGUACAGUAAAGAGCGUAAUACCACCAAAGUCUAAAAGCUCUAGUCCUCGCAACUAUGACUCAGAAGACAGCGAACGAAGGCGGAACCACAAUAUCCUAGAACGCCAGCGCCGAAAUGACUUGAGGUCAAGCUUUCUAACACUAAGGGACCACGUACCAGAACUUGCUAAAAAUGACAAGGCAGCUAAAGUGGUCAUCUUGAAAAAAGCCACUGAAUAUGUUCAUUCACUUCAGGAUGAUGAGCAGAAAUUAUUGCAGGAAAAAGAAAACUUGCAAAUGCGACAGCAACAGUUGCUCAAGAAAAUGGAAAAGGUUCGGACUUGCUAAGCUUUUCUAUUUUUUUAUUCUCAUUUUUUUGUUUUGUUUUCUCCUGUAACGAACUGUCACUGCCACUUUGCACAUUUUUUGAAUCUUUAAAACAAAAGGCGUUUCCAUGUUCCUGAAUGUUGGUUUUAUUUCAAUUCAACUCACUCCGCAGUGUGUGUGUAUAUAUUUUUUGUUUUUCUAAAUAAACUUUUUUUAUUUUUUUUUUUUUUUCUAAAAUCAACUGGAUCACAUUUUAAGGAGUUCAUUAAUAGACUUGCCAAAUUAUUUAC